AUGCAAAACUGUCACUCGUAUUCUUGGACUAUCAAGUGUCCUUCCAUUCAGGGUAAAAUGCCAUUUGCUCAACCCAAGCAUGCGGGUUGUUCAUUGAGCCGCAGUAUCAGUAGUCAUUUGGCCAGACUCUCCACUGCUGGAAACACAAUCCCCACUCCCGACCCUGCUCUUAAGGAGGAGGCGGUCUGCACCCCGGAUAACUGGAACGUGAGAGCUGAAGUUCAGGGCCAGAUUAAGAUGUCCAUCCAUGGAGUGUGUCGGCAGACUGUGUCACUCUGCGGCACCUCAUUUCUGCAGCAGGCCGGAUUAAAGUUGUUAAUGGGCAUGGCGGUUAUUAAUGACAUGCUUGCCAAGCCCGUUGCAGACUUGAAGUUUCCUCUGAUAACACAGGGAAGUGGCUGUGCCGAGGCGCAGGUUUGGAAACCCUUGAUGGGUUUGUUUGAAAAGCCGGGCUGGGCAGGGGAGUUGCUGGGUGCCCAGGUGCUGCUCUCAUUCAUGUCCCUCUUAGUCAGGCCCGGAAACAGAGAGCCGCUCCCAGACACCCUGGUCUCUUAAGAGGCCGCCUCCCCCAGAACGGGACCGACUGCACCCCAGCCCCACUUGGUGAACCCCGCUGGUGUUCUCCUCCAGAGACUCUGCGGUGGGUGUGCCUGAAGAUCCGGCUUUAGCCAGUCACCGCACCCUGGGGUGGCAGCUACAGUUGCUGGAGGCAGGACCCCCCCCCCUUCCUGGCCACGGGGUUCCCCCCAGCUCUGAGAGGCUGCUUGGGCGGGGCAUGUGCAGGCCAAGGGCUUUGUAAGUCACUGCCCUGCAGCCUUCUCCCUGAGGCUGCGAAGGGAGCCUUUCAGCUGCCAGCCCAGCACAGAGAACUCCCUAUCAGGGCGUCACCAGGGAGGCCGGGCACCCGGUGCCCCUGUCGAACCCGGGCCACUUUGUGGAGGCCAGACCCAGGUGGGAGCUUGUGCCCGACCUGCAGUACUUUGUCUCUGCCCAGGCUGAACUCCUCUCACUCACCUUCUCCCGGGCCGGCCCGGCCCACCCCACGGGUGGUGAACCUCUUCAUCAAAUGAGGCCGCUCCCCUUCUGCCUGUGGUCCCCACUCAGCCUCACCCACCCAAGCCUGCGUCUGUGUGUAGCAACAAUAAAGUCGUGUGUUUCGAUUGGCAUAACCCAGGCGCGCUCCUGUCCUUGAGUUGGCCGUCGCACCUGCACCGAGAGGAGGGGAGAUGAACAUGAGGAAUGCUCAGGACCUGGGCGCCCUGACAAGGCCUGCUGCUCAGCGCUCCCGGG